AUGUCAUCUGCAGAGAGUAGUAUUAGUCAAGAUGAAGACCGCUUUAAGGAACAACCCAACAGAAUAUCAAAUUUAAUAUCUAAUUUGAGACAAACUAAUAAGAUCAAACGUAAAAAAAGGACCAACUAUUCCCAUUCUGGAAAUGAAAAGGAAAACAUAUGCUCUUGGAUUGCAGAAAAUAUUAAAAAGAAAGAAUGUAUGUUUUAUGUGGAAAGUCCCAAGGUGACGGAUACAAGACAGGGUAUAUGUAUGUGUGGCUAUUCUAAAGAACAACACAUCGAUUCAGCGGUAAGACCACAGAUAUUCCAAAGGAAGAGAACAUGGGAUGUAAAUGAACAUAUAAAGGAGAUGCCUACAGAUGCAUUUGGAGAUAUCAACUUCAUUGGGAUGGGUUCAAAGACUGAAAAGCAGUUUGUUAGAGUAUCAUCUGAUACUCCAUCUAAUGUUCUGUACCAGCUAAUGACUGAACAGUGGGGUCUUGAGGUUCCUAAUCUCUUAAUUUCAGUAACUGGAGGAGCUAAGAACUUCCGUAUGAAAAUGAGACUGAGAAACAUUUUCCGAAGGGGUCUAGUGAAAGCUGCAGAAACCACAGGUGCCUGGAUUAUUACUGGAGGUUCCCAUGCUGGUGUAAUGAAACAAGUUGGUGAAGCUGUAAGAGAUUUUUCUAUGGGAUGUAUCAACAAGAACAGAAAAAUGAUCACUAUCGGUAUAGCGACUUGGGGAGUUGUUCACAAUCGAAACAGCCUAAUUUCUACCACCGGAUCUUUUCCAGCUCAGUAUCAGAUAGAUGAGGAAAGCCAAGGAAGUCUUUCUUGCUUAGACAAUAAUCACUCUCACUUUAUUCUUGUGGAUGAUGGGACAAAUGGCAGAUAUGGUGCUGAAAUUCUUCUAAGAGCCAAGCUGGAGAAAUUUAUUUCAGAACAGACCAAAGAGAAAGGAGGUGUCUUUACUGAGAGCUAUAGAAAAGAUGAAGAAAGAGCUCUGAAGCUUCUCAUACGAGUUUCUGAGUCCUGGGGACAAACCACUUGUUUGAAGCUAGCCCUUGAAGCUAAAGACAUGAAAUUUGUAUCUCAAGGAGGUGUUCAGGCUUUUCUUACAAGAGUCUGGUUUGGAGAACUAAGUGUUGACAAUAGCCUGUGGAGGGUGAUAGCUUGUAUGAUUUUCUUCCCUCUCCUGUAUACACGUCUAUUAACGUUCAGGUCACAAACAAAUAACUUUAAAAAGACAAAUGGUAUGACUCCUACUGAACGUUUCCAAGGUUUCUUCAUGGCACCAGUAGUUAUUUUCCAUCUAAACAUCUUAGCAUACUUUGGCUUCCUGCUACUUUUUGCAUACGUGUUGAUGAUUGAUUUCCAACCAACUCCAUCAUGGAGGGAACAGGUCAUCUACUUCUGGCUCUUUUCACUGGUUUGUGAGGAAACCAGACAGGUGCUGUACGACCCUGAUGGAUUUGGCCUUUUAAAACAAACUUUUUUGUAUAUCAGUGACUUCUGGAAUAAGCUGGAUGUCUGUGCCAUUCUGAUUUUCAUCAGUGGUUUGAUCUGCAGGUUAAUACCAGCAACAUUUUAUCCAGGAAGAAUAAUUCUAUCACUAGAUUUUGUAAUUUUUUGCUUGCGUCUCAUGCAUAUCUUUACGAUAAGUAAAACUCUUGGUCCUAAAAUAAUAAUUGUUAAAAGAAUGAUGAAAGAUGUCUUCUUUUUCCUCUUCCUCCUGGCUGUGUGGGUUGUUUCUUUUGGAGUAGCAAAACAAGCUAUAUUAAUCCACAAUGAGAUAAGAGUUGACUGGAUAUUCCGUGGAGUUGUCUACCAUUCUUAUAUGACCUUGUUCGGCCAGAUCCCUUCCUACAUAGACGGAGUGAACUUUAAUAUUGACCAGUGUACCGUAAAUGGGACUGAUCCCAACAAGCAGAAGUGUCCUGAAUCAAAUAAGGAGAACCAUCAGCCUGUCUUUCCUCAGUGGCUGACUGUACUUUUACUUUGCCUCUACUUGCUGUUCACAAAUAUUCUACUAUUAAAUCUUCUAAUUGCAAUGUUUAAUUACACUUUUCAACAGGUACAAGAACAUACUGAUCAGAUCUGGAAAUUUCAAAGACACGAUUUAAUCGAAGAAUAUCAUAGUCGACCACCAGCCCCACCACCUUUCAUUCUCUUUAACCACCUACAUCUAUUUAUCAAACAUGCCAUUCUGCAUAAACCUUCAGGGAGACAAAAGCAGCUAAAGGAAAAGCUAGAAAAGAAUGAAGAAUCCACUCUCCUCUCAUGGGAAACUUUUCUAAAAGAAAACUAUAUACAUCACCUUCAAAAACAGAUGAAACAAAGCACAGAGCAAAAGAUUCGAGACACAUCUGAAAAAGUAAACACAGUGUUGGAUAUGCUGGAAUUGGAUCAAGUGAAAAGAACUGGCUCCAUGGAAAACAGACUGAUUUUCUUAGAAGAACAGACGCUAAGAUCUGCAAAAGCUUUGAACUGGAUUGUUAACACACUUCUGGAUAAUGGAUUUGGUUCCAAAGAAUCUGCUCCAGUUACUGAGUCCAGUAAGCUACUUGGUGAAAUAGACCUAAAGGAUAAGGAAGAAACUGUUAUCUCUUCAUGUCAUGUCAAUGCCAGAGAUAUUCACUACCCUGACUCAAAUGUUGUACGAUUUCCUGUACCUGAUGAGAAGAUACCGUGGGAGGUGGAAUUUAGUAUAUAUAAUCCUACUUUUUAUACUGCUAUUAGGAAGGACAAACAAUUUCAUGACCCUUAUACUGACUCCCUAGAGACACUUCAAAAGAUACAUUUUAACACUUUUGAUGGGACCAUAAAUCGUCAAAGCUACUGUGCAACAUAUCUGGUGCAAGAUGGACUACCACUAAAUCCAGUUGGGCGAACAGGCCUGAGAGGCAGAGGAAGUCUAUGUUGGUUUGGCCCAAAUCAUGCUAUUCACUCAAUAAUUACACGAUGGAAGAGAAACAAGGAUGGAUCUAUUAGUAGAAAAAAAUCUAAGAAAAUGCUGGAAAUUCUAGCCAUGAAGCACAUUUCUUCAGAGCACUGGGCUCUCCCUGGAGGCUCCCUCGAACCAGGGGAAACAUUUCCACUCAAGCUAAAGAGGAUUAUAAACUUCGAAUUCUUAGAGAAAUUUCAGCAACUGUUAAAUGAAAGUAUUGAAGUGUACAAGGGGUAUGUGGAUGAUCCAAGGAAUACAGACAAUGCUUGGAUAGAAACCACUGCACUUAGCCUUCAUUUUGAAACUGAGGAUGACCCACUAUUACUAGAAUUAAACAAGAAUAUACAGACUCAUAUUCAAGAAAUUGCUAUACGUUGGCAAGUUGUGGACCAGAAAAUACCUCUUUAUGCAAAUCACAAAGAUAUACUUCAAAAGGCAGUAGAUUGUUAUAAUGCAUAUUAUUAACAUAGUGCGCAUCAAAGCAUCUGAGUCCAUCUUGUCCUUUCAGUAAAUAGUUUCAUCAUACAUGGUAAUAUUUUUGGUGAAACACUUUUAUCUUAUGUUCUCACUAGGGAUGAGCGAAUUUCAUAUUUUGAAAUUCGAGUUCGGGUUCAGGUUGUGGUAUAAUCUGAAUUGCGUUAUGGAUUCCAUUAUGGACUCCAGCAUAA